AUGAGCUCAUAUAGACCAUCGUAUCCGCCUCGCAGAGGCAAUGCACGCGAUGACCGCAAUCGGGGCCGCGAUCGCUACGAUUCGCGCCCCCAUCAUCCCCCACCACCUGGAGCUGCCGACACUUGGCGAUCUCCCUGGCCCGAGGACCGUGAGUAUCGCCGUCGUUCCCGAUCACGAUCGCCCCCGAGGCAUUUCGGCCACUAUGAUGCUCACAGAGGAGACGACGCAGGCAGAAGAUCUGGAGCAUACGAUGGCUACAGGCCCGACUCGAGACCGCCCCAGGGUGACUUUACCUUUCGCAUGGACAAGCCCUCUGGAGUUGGCGAUAUCGCAGAUUCCUACCGCCCCGGCCAGGGCAAUGCGCGACGACGAGGACGCGGUCGCGGAGGACCAUUUGCUGGCCGAGGCCGUGGUGGAUACCAAAGGAUAAUCCCGGCUGAAAGAGAGCUUUUGCGUACCCGUAAGGAAGGCUUUGACGAGAACCUCGUCAACGAUGCCGAUGGCGGUAUGACGUAUCGUGACAUUGAUGAACUGUCCGACGACGAGGAGGCUGAGAUGGACAUCUCUGACAAUUCCGAUGACGACUCGGCCGAACCCUCGAGCAAACGUGUCCGCCGCGACGGUAACGACGAGUCUGGCGACAGUGUGCCCAAAUGGUCCAACCCAGAUCCGUACACCGCACUUCCCCCACCUGACGCGGAUGCGCAGCGCAAGAAGCGUGAUAUGGUUAAGAUGAUUCGCAAGGCUCGUGUUGACGAUACUGCCGCCGAUAAGCUUGCUGCGAGUACCGAGGCAGAGGAGUUUAUCUCGUUUGAUUUUGGCGGUGACGAUAACGGAAACGAGGAAGAAAUCAUCCUUCCUCCUUCCAGGUCUCCAACUCCUCCUCCGCCCCCACCACCUGGACCUCCUCCUGCCCAAUCCGCCGCCGCCGCUUUGAGAGAGCCGCCCACGGGACCUCGCGCCGACCUCGAUAGACAAACAACUACCAAUGGUCACACCAACGGCUCCGCUGCCUCUUCAGGACCAUCCACUCCUGCUACUAACAGAUCGGGCUUGCCCACCAAGCCAAUCGCUGCUGACGACGCCCUUGGUUCGCGGAAACGGACUGUUGACGACCAUAUUAAGCCUCCCACUUACGGCCCACUGAAGAAGGUGAAUAAAAUGCCGGUCGGCGGUGCUAUCCUUCCCGAAUGGGAAGUCACCAGAGACGAAGACCCAACUCCCUGGAUCGUAACUGAUCAUUCCAAAACGUCCGACAUCAGUGUUUGGCUGCACAAGGAGGUCAUGGACUUUUACGAGUUCGUUAAGCCACGUGAUUUUGAACAUGUUAUGCGCACCCGUCUCGUCGACAGACUUCGCAGGGCUUUGAGAACGAGCCGCUUUUACAGAGACUGUGAUGUCCGUCCGUUCGGAUCAUACAUGUCGGGUUUGUAUCUCCCCACCGCUGAUAUGGACUUGGUUAUAUGUGCCAAACGCUGGUUGGACGGCGGACAUUCUGAGUUCUUUGGUAUGAAGCCACUGAGACAGUUCGGCAAGUUUCUCUCGCAGGGAAAGAUCACCCAUUAUAACAGCAUGGAGUUCAUUGCUGGCGCCAAGGUGCCAUUAGUCAAGUAUAUUGAUAACUUCACCGGCUUGAGAGUCGACAUCUCAUUUGACCGUCUUGACGGACCCCAGGCGAUCAAGACUUUUGCAGAAUGGAAGGAGCAGUUCCCGGCCAUGCCUGUUCUAGUUACCAUGAUCAAGCACUUCCUUGCUAUGCGCGGCCUCAACGAGCCCGUCAACGGAGGCAUUGGCAGCUUCACCGUCACGUGCAUGGUCGUCAGCAUGCUGCAACUCAUUCCCCAGGUCCAAAGCCGAAACCUCAAACCUGAGCACCACCUUGGCGAGAUGCUCAUGGAGUUCUUCGACCUCUACGGAAACAGGUUCGACUACGUAAACACGGCUAUCCGCCUCAACCCACCCGGCUACAUGCAUAAGUCCCGAGUUCGUGAUGUGGUGUACAAAAACCACGAGCGCAUCUCCGUCAUCGACCCCAACAACCCCGCCAACGACAUUUCCGGUGGCUCGAGCAACGCCGGCCGAAUCUUGGAAGAAUUCCGCUAUGCGCACAAGUCGCUCCAGAAGAGAAUGACUAAGCUCUCACAGCACGGCUCCCACACCAGAAGACCGACCAGUAUACUUGAGACGAUUUACGCUGGCAACUAUUCAUCAUUCCGCAAUCAGCGCGCGCAUCUCCGCCAGCUCCAUGAUUCGAGAUAA